GACCGAAAGUCAUACUAAAGUUAGUAGUUACAGUUUACAAUCGUUCAGGUCAUCAACGUUACUUCACGAGAGAAUCUCAUCAUGAAGUCUUCAUUUUACGUAGCUUUAGUAUUAUUUGUAACUGUAGUGACAGCCGAUGACUCCAGAAGUAAAAAAGAAGCUAUUUACAAUCAUUAUGGACAAAUCACAGACGCGAACAAGUAUUUAGCUGGGGCACCGCGUCCGGCCAACAUUUACGACUACCAACGAGUGCCGUACAACAGCUAUCAACCGGCGGCGUACAAUCAGCUGCAGUACUACCAACAACAACCGUACCAGCGUGUCGGGGCAGGAGGAUAUCCGUACGGCGGCUACACAGCCGCGACCGGCUACAACCAGUACAACCAGUACAACCAGUACCCAUACAGCGGCGGUUUCCAGCAGUACCCUUACAACGUUAACCAGCAGUACCCGUACAACGUCAAUCAGCAGUACCCGUACAACGCGAACCAGCAGUACCCGUACAACGUCAAUCAGCAGUACCCGUACAACGUGAACCAUCCGCAGCACUACGGUUACCAAAACGCGUACGGCCUGCAACCCAACCCGUUCGGCUACAGCGGCUUUAACGCGUACAACUUCAAUCACGCGCUCCGCCAAGCGCCUGCUUACCCGAGCGCCGGUGCUCAGCCCAUCAGCCCGCCGGUGCCGCAUCCGUUCUAUCACACGCAAGGAACGUACUAUCCGACCACGAUCGAAGCCAACAAGCCGCCGCAGCCGCCCGCGGCCGUCGCUGCGGUCGACCCGCCGACAAAACCACACCAAUGAAAACGUCGAAAAACACACGAACAUUAAAUAAGUUAUAGACACGUCACAUGAUAUCACCGCUCGUGCGCGUAGAGUGUUAUGUGAUGUGAGGAAAUGGAAGUGAAAAAAAAAAAAAAAAAGCGUAAUACAAAUAUUAUAAUAUUAU